AUGGCCGCCUUCGGGCUUCUCAGCUAUGAGCAGAGACCACUGAAACGCCCCCGCCUCGGGCCGCCGGACGUCUACCCUCAGGACCCCAAGCAGAAGGAGGAUGAACUCACUGCUGUGAACGUAAAGCAAGGCUUCAGCAAUCAGCCGGCCUUUACGGGAGACGAACAUGGCUCAGCCAGAAAUAUUGUAAUUAAUCCAUCGAAGAUUGGAGCUUAUUUUAGCAGCAUAUUAGCUGAGAAAUUAAAGCUGAACACUUUCCAGGACACCGGAAAGAAGAAACCACAAGUUAAUGUUAAAGAUAAUUAUUGGCUGGUUACCUCUCAAUCGAAGAGUGCAAUUCAUAGUUGGUUCUCUGACUUAGCAGGAAAUAAACCACUUGUUAUUUUGGCAAAGAAGGUUCCCAUCCUUAGUAAGAAAGAAGAUGUUUUUGCAUAUUUAGCUAAAUAUUCAGUGCCAAUGGUUCGAGCAAUGUGGCUUAUCAAGAUGACUUGUGCCUAUUAUUCUGCUGUUUCUGAAGCUAAAAUUAAGAAACGCCAGGCUCCUGAUCCCAAUUUGGAGUGGACACAAAUAUCUACCAGGUAUCUUCGAGAGCAGCUGGCCAAGAUUUCCGACUUCUACCACAUGGCUUCCAGCAUGGGUGAUGGCCCUGUCCCUGUCCCCCCAGAUGUGGAGCAAACCCUGAAGCAGUGGGAGUACAACGCAAAGCUGGCAUUCCACAUGUUCCAGGAAGGAAUGCUGGAAAAACAUGAAUAUUUGACAUGGAUCUUGGAUGUUUUAGAAAAGAUAAGACCAAUGGAUGAUGAUCUUCUUAAACUCCUGUUACCAUUAAUGCUCCAGUAUUCAGACGAGUUUGUUCAGUCGGCCUACCUGUCUCGUCGUCUUGCCUACUUUUGUGCCCGGCGUCUUGCCUUGCUGCUGAACGACAGCACUGGCCUCCUCGCUGCCCACUCGCCUCACAUGAUGAUAGGACCAAACAAUGCGAGCAUCAGGGCCCCCAGCCCUGGCCCCCCCGGCCCCGUGCAGCUCGCCUUCUCAGACUUUCUGUCCUGUGCACAGCAUGGUCCUCUUGUUUAUGGACUUAGUUGUAUGUUGCAGACUGUCACUCUUUGUUGCCCAAGUGCCUUAGUGUGGAAUUAUUCCACAAGCGACAGUAAAAGCGCGAACCCAGGCUCACCCCUGGAUCUGCUGCAGGUGGCUCCCUCCAGCCUCCCCAUGCCUGGCGGGAACACGGCCUUCAAUCAGCAGGUUCGGGCAAGGAUUUAUGAGGUAGAACAGCAGAUAAAACAGAGAGGUCGUGCAGUGGAAGUUCGGUGGUCUUUUGACAAGUGCCAAGAGUCAACAGCAGGGGUGACCAUUAGCCGGGUUUUGCACACAUUGGAAGUGUUGGAUCGACACUGUUUUGACCGAACUGAUUCUAGCAAUUCAUUGGAGACGCUUUAUCAUAAGAUUUUCUGGGCGCACCAAAAUAAAGAUAACCAAGAGGUUGCCCCCAAUGAUGAAGCUGUGGUGACAUUAUUGUGUGAAUGGGCUGUGAGCUGUAAACGGUCUGGCAAGCACAGGGCGAUGGCGGUGGCGAAACUCUUGGAGAAGAGGCAAGCGGAAAUCGAAGCUGAGAGAUGUGGGGAGUCAGAGGUCUUAGAUGAGAAGGAGUCCAUUUCUUCAGCGUCUUUUGCUGGAUCUAGUUUGCCUGUUUUCCAGAAUGUUCUGCUAAGAUUUUUAGAUACACAGGCCCCCUCAUUGUCGGAUCCUAACAGCGAAUGUGAGAAGGUGGAGUUUGUGAACCUGGUGCUGCUCUUCUGUGAGUUCAUCCGGCACGAUGUCUUCUCUCACGACGCUUACAUGUGCACCCUCAUCUCCCGGGGAGACCUGUCCGUCACCUCCUCCACUCGGCCACGGUCGCCCUUGGGAGAAAAUGCAGAUGAGCACUACCCCAAGGAUCACGACGUGAAGAUGGAGAUUUUUUCUCCUAUGCCUGGAGAGUCCUGUGAGAUCAUCAACCCUUCCUUGAGCAGAAGAAUGUCAGUUAAUGGUGAGAAGCUGCUGAAGAGAGAAAAACCGCGAGAGUUAAUUUUUCCAUCUAAUUAUGACCUCCUGCGACACCUGCAGUAUGCUACGCAUUUUCCCAUACCUCUGGAUGAGUCUUCAAGCCAUGAAUGUAACCAGCGCACAGUUCUUCUCUAUGGUGUGGGCAAAGCACGUGAUGAAGCGAGGCAUCAGCUGAAGAAGAUUACCAGAGAUAUUUUGAAAAUCCUAAAUAAGAAGAGCACCACAGAGACCGGGGUAGGAGAUGAAGGACCAAGAGCCAAGAAGAGCAGGCAGGAGUCAUUUCCAACACUGGAGACUGUGUUCACCAAACUUCAGCUCCUUUCAUAUUACGAUCAGCACCAGGUGACAUCUCAGAUCUCUAACAAUGUGCUGGAACAGAUCACAAGCUUUGCGUCCGGGACUUCCUAUCACCUCCCUUUAGCUCACCACAUUCAGCUCAUCUUUGACCUCAUGGAGCCAGCACUGAACAUCAAUGGACUAAUUGACUUCUCAAUACAGUUACUAAAUGAACUGAGUGUCGUGGAAGCCGAAUUGCUCCUGAAAUCCUCCAGCCUGGCAGGCAGCUACACCACGGGCCUCUGUGUCUGCAUUGUGGCUAUUCUCAGGCGCUAUCACAGCUGCCUGAUCCUGAAUCCCGAGCAAACAGCCCAGGUGUUUGAAGGGCUGUGUAGUGUGGUGAAGCAUGUUGUGAAUCCCUCAGAGUGCUCCUCUCCUGAGAGAUGCAUCUUAGCCUACCUCUACGAUCUCUACGUGUCAUGUAGCCACCUAAGAAGUAAAUUUGGAGACCUCUUCAGUAGUGCCUGUUCAAAAGUUAAGCAGACAAUAUAUAAUAAUGUGAUACCUGCUAACUCUAACUUGAGAUGGGAUCCAGACUUCAUGAUGGAUUUUAUAGAGAAUCCUUCAGCUUGUAGCAUCAACUACUCUGUGCUAGGCAAGAUCCUCAGUGACAACGCAGCCAAUCGCUACAGCUUCGUUUGCAAUACACUCAUGAAUGUAUGUAUGGGCCACCAGGAUGCUGGAAGGAUUAAUGACAUAGCUAAUUUCUCCUCCGAGCUGACAGCAUGCUGCACUGUUCUUAGUUCAGAGUGGCUGGGAGUUCUGAAGGCUCUCUGCUGUUCUUCCAAUCACGUGUGGGGGUUCAAUGAUGUACUUUGCACAGUAGAUGUGAGUGACCUUUCAUUCCAUGAUUCACUAGCUACUUUCAUUGCUAUCCUGAUAGCACGGCAGUGUUUCUCCCUGGAGGACGUUGUGCAGCACGUGGCACUGCCCUCUCUCCUCGCGGCAGCUUGUGGAGACGCAGAUGCCGAGCCCGGGGCCAGGAUGACCUGCCGCCUCCUGCUCCAUCUCUUCCGAGCCCCCCAGGCCUGCUUAUUACCUCAGGCAGCUGGCAAACCUUUCCCUGGAAUAAGAUCAUCUUGUGAUAGACACCUUUUAGCCGCUGCUCACAACAGCAUCGAAGUGGGAGCAGUGUUUGCUGUUUUAAAAGCAAUUAUGAUGCUUGGAGAUGCCAAAAUUGGCAAUAAUAGUGUCAGCUCUCUAAAGAAUGAUGACUACACCGUGAGGGGUUUUCGGCGUGAUGGGAAUGCUGAUGAUAUUUGGACUGCCUCACAAACUGCAAAAUCAUGUGGAAGAAGCAUUUCCAUAGAAACGGCCAACUUAAAAGAAUAUGCUAGAUAUGUACUGAGAACUAUCUGUCAACAGGAAUGGGUAGGAGAACAUUGCUUAAAAGAACCUGAAAGGCUGUGCACAGACAAAGAGCUAAUAUUGGAUCCUGUGCUUUCAAAUAUGCAAGCCCAGAAACUGCUGCAGCUCAUCUGUUACCCUCAUGGCAUUAAAGAAUGUACUGAGGGGGACAACCUGCAAAGGCAGCACAUUAAGCGCAUUCUUCAGAAUCUUGAGCAGUGGACCCUGAGGCAGUCCUGGCUAGAACUUCAGUUAAUGAUUAAGCAGUGCUUGAAGGACCCAGGCUCUGGUUCGGCGGCUGAAAUGAACAACUUACUGGACAAUAUUGCUAAGGCAACCAUAGAGGUGUUCCAGCAGUCUGCUGACAUGAGCAUCAGCUCUUCCAACCCCAGCACGGGGCUCUUCAACCCCAGCGGGAUCGGAAGCUCUGAUGCAGGCAGCACAAGGCAGAAUGGAAUAAAGACAUUUCUAAGCUCCUCUGAACGCAGGGGUGUGUGGCUGGUGGCCCCGCUCAUUGCCAGGCUGCCGACCUCGGUGCAAGGAAGAGUCCUGAAAGCCGCUGGGGAGGAGCUGGAGAAAGGACAGCACUUGGGUUCUUCUUCAAAAAAGGAAAGAGACAGACAAAAACAGAAAAGUAUGUCUCUUUUGAGCCAACAACCAUUCCUCUCACUGGUCCUUACCUGCCUUAAGGGACAAGAUGAACAACGAGAAGGUCUCCUAAUGUCUCUCCAAAAUCAAGUUAAUCAGAUCUUAAGUAAUUGGAGAGAAGAGCGAUACCAAGAUGACAUAAAAGCACGACAGAUGAUGCACGAAGCAUUGCAGCUCCGUCUGAAUUUGGUGGGAGGAAUGUUUGACACGGUGCAGAGGAGCACCCAGUGGACCACAGACUGGGCCCUCCUCCUCCUUCAGAUCAUUACCUCUGGAACCGUUGACAUGCACACUAACAAUGAAUUAUUCACAACAGUUCUUGACAUGCUGGGUGUCUUAAUCAAUGGAACAUUAGCCUCUGAGCUGUCCAACGCAUUGCCAGGGGGAUCUGAAGAGAACAGACGCGCAUACAUGAAUUUAGUAAAGAAACUGAAGAAAGAACUAGGAGAAAAGCGGUCAGAAAGUAUUGAUAAAGUUCAACAGCUGUUGCCUUUGCCAAAACAGACAUGUGAUGUUAUCACCUGUGAGCCUAUGGGUUCUUUGAUCGACACAAAGGGAAACAAAAUUGCUGGAUUCGACUCUAUAGAUAAAAAACAGGGUCUCCAGGUCUCUAUGAAGCAGAAGGUGUCCCCCUGGGAUUUGUUUGAGGGUCAGAAGAACCCAGCUCCUCUGUCCUGGGCCUGGUUCGGGACAGUCCGAAUGGACCGGAAGGUGAUCAAGUAUGAGGAGCAGCACCACCUCCUUUUGUACCACACACACCCUAUGCCCAAGCCCCGAAGUUACUACCUCGAGCCGCUGCCCCUGCCUCCCGAGGAGGAAGAGGAAGAGCCCACAUCCCCCAUUUCUCAGGAACCAGAGAGGAAAUCAGCCGAGUUCUCAGAUCAGGGAAAAACCACAACAGAUGAAGAGAAGAAAACAAAGGGAAGGAAGCGCAAGACAAAAGCAAGCUCAAGAGUCGAUGAGUAUCCACAGAGCAACAUAUACCGAGUGCCUCCUAAUUACUCACCCAUCUCCUCCCAGAUGAUGCACCACCCACAGUCUGCCUUGUGGGGCUACAACCUGAUGGGACAGCCCCAGCAGCCUGGCUUUUUCCUGCAGAGCCAAUCUCUUCCUCCAGGUGGCUCCAGACUGGACCCCACAGGCUCCUUUGUCCCCACCAACACCAAGCAAGCCCUGUCAAACAUGCUGCAGCGGCGCUCGGGCGCCCUCAUGCAGCCGCCCUCGCUGCACGCCAUCACGUCGCAGCAGCAGCAGCUGGUCCAGAUGAAGCUCCUGCAGCAGCAGCAGCGGCUCCUCCGGCAGGCCCAGGCCCGGCCCUGCCAGCAGGGCCAGCCCGGGGACCAGGCUGCUCUCUUUGCACAAGCACGGCCCUCCCCUCAGCUCCCCCAGUAUCCAGGGCUGCAGCAAGUACAGGCCAUGCCCCAAGGCUACACGAUGUACGGAACGCAGAUGCCUUUGCAGCAGACCCCGCAGCAGCAGGCUGGCAGCAUGGUCCUGUCCCCCGGCUACAACUCCAGAGCCUACCCAGUUGCGCAUUCCAGCCCAGCGCUGAUGGAAAGGCUCAGACAGAUGCAGCAGCCGCCCAGUGGCUACAUUCAGCAACAGGCCUCGCAGUACCUGCAGCCUCUGACUGGCUCCCAGAGACUGAAUCAUCAGUCCCUUCAGCAGAGCCCUCUGAUGGGUGGAGGAGUCGAUGCAGUACUGACUCCCACACAUCCGAACCUGCCGUCAGUGCCGCUGCCUCAGGACCCGAUGAGGCCCAGACAGUCUCAGGUGCGACAGCAGCAGAGGCUCCUCCAGAUGCAGCAGUCCCAGCAGCCCCCACAGCCCCAGCCGUCCUCACAGCCCCAGAGCCAGCCCCUCGGUCUGCAAACUGUGCAGCCCCAGCAACCGUUGUUUCCCAGGCAAGGCUUGCAGCAGACACAGCAGCAGCAGCAGACGGCUGCCCUGGUGCGGCAGCUCCAGAAGCAGCUCUCCAGUAACCAGCCACAGCAAGGAGUGACUCCCUAUGGACACCCUUCACACUUCUGA